GGUUUGCAGCUUUGUUUUUGUUUAUUUACUGGUCCAAGUUUGUUGUUUAUCGAUUGCCGGCUCUGCAUCCACACUCACUAGAAGUUAUUCAAAGAAGAGAAACGCAAGAAAUUUGCCCUAAAUAUGGCGGAGAAGCUGAAAAUACUGGUUUGCGGCGACGUGAAUGGCAAGUUUAACAAGUUUUUCUCGCGGGUAGAGAGCAUCAACAAAAAGAACGGGCCGUUCGACUACCUGCUGUGCGUUGGCAAUUUUUUCGGCGAUGGCUCCAACUCGGCCGAGUGGAAUCUCUACAGAAAUGGCACCUUUGAAGUGCCGGUGCCGACCUAUGUGAUCGGUCCGAGCGACUCGAAGAUGCUCAACAACUUUCCAGACUCAAAUGGUUGCGAGCUUUGUCCAAACGUCAACUAUCUGGGCAAGCGGGGCCUAUUCAGCACGUCCGAAGGGUUGAAAAUCGCGUAUGUAAGUGGCAAGGAGGGCGGCAGGUCGGACGGAUGCACUUUUACAGCAGAAGACGUCACGGCCGUCCGAGAUACGUGUCUCCGAAACCAGUCCAACUUCAAGGGCGUCGAUAUUCUGCUCUCCUCUCAGUGGCCGCAGGGGGCUAAAGACGGUAUCGAAGGUUCGGCGCUGCUGAGCUGGCUGGCAGUGCAAAUCAAGCCUCGCUACCACUUCUGCGGGCUGCGUUCAUUCUUCUUUGAGCGGGCGCCGUACCGAAACCACGACACCGGCGACCAAAUCGACCUGAGCACGCGGCUAAUCAGCAUGUCGUCCGUCGGACAAAAGGACAAGUGGCUCUACGCCCUAAGCCUGACGCCUGUCAUUUUCACGCCGCUCCGUGAGCUUUCCCAACGCACCACAGAUGAGACGCCGUGCCCUUAUCCCAAUUCCACGUCCCUGCCAGGGGCGGCAACGAAAAGGGAAGGAUCAAACCAAUUUUUCUACGACAUGGAUGCGCCUGCCGACGGAGGAGCGCGCAAAAAGCAGAAGAGAGGGGAAAGGAGCGAGGGGCAGGCGAAUCAGGGUCCGUGCUGGUUCUGUCUGUCGAGUCCGCAGGUUGAGAAGCACAUGGUUAUCAGCGUUGGCACCGAAGUGUACCUGGCCCUGGCCAAGGGUGGUCUCACGCCUCAUCACGUGCUCAUCACGCCCGUGACGCACCACCAAGCCGCCUCCCAGCUGCCUCCAGAGGUCCUCGACGAGGUUAAAAAGUUCAAGUCUGCUUUAAAGAAAUUCUUCAAGAAAAAGCACAACAAGGCUGUCCUGUUCUUCGAGCGGAACUACCGAACGAUGCACAUGCAGAUUCAGGUCAUUCCCAUCCCUUCCUCGGCCGCCUCGGAAGCCAAACUAGCCUUCAAGGAGUGUGCUGAGGAGAAAGGACUCCAGCUGUCCGAGCUACCAGACCACGCUGACCUGAGCCAGGUGGCACCUGCGGGCACCCCUUACUUCCACGUCGAGUUGCCGAACGGCGAACAGCUGUACAUGACUGCCAAAAAGAAUUUUCCCCUGCAGUUCGGAAGGGAGGCUGUGGUCGGGCCUAGCUUGCUCGACAUGCCUGAGAAGGUGGACUGGAAGGACUGCCAGGUGAGCAAGGACGAGGAGACAGCCAACGCGGUCAACUUCAGGGAGGAAUUCCAACCUUACGAUUUUACUGUGUAAAUCUGUAAAUAUUUCCAGGGAGAUUUAAAAUAAUAAUAGAAUAAACA